UUCUUUUGUUUUCCAAAAAAUUCAUUAGCCCGCAAAAAACAUUACAAAAUAGAUUCCUCCAUUCUCUCUCUCUAGAAAUAUUUGUUUCUUCUCUCUCUCUAUGUCUCACUUUCUUUCACAACAAACCCAACAAAUUCAAACAACUUUUUCUUUUGCCUCUCUGUGUAACUCUGCUUUUAUAGAGACAUGUACAUAUAACAGUGGUUACUGUUGGGGGAGGGGGGUAUGAAAUGAAUAGAACGUGAAAUGGGAGGCGGCUUUUCGUGUUUUAACAAUCCGGCGGUGGUGAACCGGACUGAACCGGAGGUAAUAUUCACGGGCAGCGAACCGCUCGACGAAACUCUAGGCCAUUCCUUCUGCUAUGUUAGGUCAUCUGCCCGGUUCGUUCUCUCUCCGACAAACUCGAACCGGUUCAUUUCGCCUUCUCAGUCACUCCGGUUCGAUAAUGAACCGGCUCCGUUAAGGACCGAAACCGGAUUCAGAGCGAUUUCAGGUGCUUCUGUUAGUGCAAAUACCUGUACUCCCCGAUCUGUCCUCCAACUUGAUAAUAUUUACGACGAUGGUAAUGGUAGUGUUGUGAAUGGUUUUGAAAGUACGUCGUCCUUUAGUGCUUUACCUCUUCAACCGGUUCCUCGAACCGGUUUAAGCAACGAACCGGCUGGUCCAAUGGAAAGAGAGAGGGCUUUCUUCAUGUCCGGUCCGAUCGAGCGAGGAGCUCUAUCCGGUCCACUAGAGUCUGCCGUUCCAUUCUCAGCUCCGUUGGGUGGUGAUGGCAUUUACGUAAAAAUGAGAAAGUCGAAGGGCAUUAAUGGAAUUGAAAAAGCCUUUAAACGGCCGUGGGUGGUGCCAGUGAGAAACUACUUCAUAGGUAAAAAGGAAAUUAACUGUACACGUGAUUAUAAUGUGAAUGUUGAAUGGGCAUUAGGAAAAGCGGGGGAGGAUCGUGUGCAUGUGGUUGUAUGUGAAGAACAUGGGUGGCUGUUUGUUGGGAUUUAUGAUGGGUUUAAUGGACCUGAUGCACCUGAAUUCUUGAUGAGUAAUCUGUACAAAGCAAUGAACAAAGAAUUAGAGGGUUUGUUUUGGGAUAAUGAAGAUACUAGUAGUGGUAGUAAUAACCAACAAAGCGAAAAAAAUGCUAGUUUAAAUAAUGCAAAUAUAGAAAAUGAAGUGAUCAUUGAGGACUCGAAUGAAGCUAAUUCAAAUCGAGUGUAUAAGGAGAUGAGUAGGGGGGAUGGAGGGGUAGAAGAAGCUGAAAAUGAGGUUAAUUUGGAUCAGAUGGAUAAAACGUGUGAAAAGAAGGUGAUAUUUCAAUCUGAAAUUGCAAAUAUUGAAAAUGAAGUGAUUGGUGAGGACUCGAAUGAGCUACAUUGGAAUGGAGGACCUAAGGCCACAAGUAGGGGGGCUAGGGGAGUAGAAGAAGGUGAAAAUGAGGUUAAUUUGGAACAGAUGGAUAAAGGGCCUGAAAAGAGAGUGACAUUUCAAUCGGGGGGAAUAGAGGUUAGGAGGAGGAGAUUGUGGGAAUUUUUAGCAGAAGAUGAGACAGAGGAUGGUCUUGAUCUUUCGGGUUCGGAGAGAUUUGCAUUUUCAGUAGAUGAUGCAUUAAGUGUGAAUAGUGCAGGUUCAGCGGUUAAUAGGAAGUCGUUGCUGUUGUCGAAGCUGAAACAUGGUUUGUCAAUUAACAAGCACAAAGAGAGCAACAAGUUAUUCCCAUGGAGAUUCGGAUUGCAAGCUAAAAAGAAGGUUGAAGUAGGGGAGAAUAGAGUGGAGGAAAGGAUUGAUAGAAGUGAAAGGAAGCGUAAGGUGGGUCCGGUUGAUCAUGAGUUGGUUUUGAGAGCAAUGUCAAGAGCUCUCGAAGUCACUGAGCUCGCGUACUUGGAUAUGACAGAUAAAGUUCUUGAUCGGUACCCUGAGCUUGCAUUAAUGGGUUCUUGUUUGCUGGUUGCUUUGAUGAGAGAUGAAGAUGUGUAUGUAAUGAAUGUCGGAGAUAGUCGUGCCGUUGUGGCUCAGUAUGUGUCUGAGGAGGUUAGUUCUAGUUCUGAAUCAAUAGUUCCAGGCAAUUGCGAGUUGGCCGUUGAAGGCAUUGCUGAAGAAUCUGUAGUUCCCAGUGAUGAGGAAUAUAAGGCGACAAAUGAGAUACCUAUUCAAGCUAUGAAGCUGACUGCCUUGCAAUUGUCAACUGAUCACAGCACUAGCAUUGAAGAAGAAGUCAUUAGAAUCAAGAAUGAACACCCAGACGACAGCAAUUGCAUUGUUAAUGAUAGAGUAAAAGGCCGUUUAAAGGUCACUCGCGCUUUUGGGGCGGGCUUCCUGAAAAGGCCUAAAUUGAAUGAUGCAUUACUAGAAAUGUUUCGGAACGAGUACAUUGGGGAUGCUCCUUAUUUAUCUUGUAAACCUUCACUGCACCAUCAUAGACUCUGUCCUAAGGAUCAGUUUUUGGUGCUAUCCUCUGAUGGCUUGUACCAAUAUUUGAGCAAUCAAGAGGUGGUUUGUCAUGUGGAGAAUUUCAUGGAGAAAUUCCCUGAUGGGGAUCAUGCUCAGCAUCUUAUUGAGGAGCUCUUAUUCCGUGCAGCCAAGAAAGCUGGUAUAUUUUCUGUCUAGUCUUU